AUGGAUGUCUUGUUUCAACAAGAAUUGGAUGUAGCUCUAGAAGAUAUACCUAUAGAUAUAGAUGAUGUAGAGUGGGCGAGAAUUAACAAGUGGCUUGUGGUUCUAUCAGAGUGUGCCUUGCUAAAGAUUGAGGGGAAAAUGCCCAUGGAGUGCUUCACUGCUUCUCCACCACCAAGUAAGAAGCAAAAGGUAGCUGAUGAUGAGAUAGACACAGAUCAAGAAGGCAUUGAGCAACUCCGCGACGUCGUUUCUGUCAGUGGAGUCAAUCUUGUGGAAGAGCAAGAGCGCAUGCUAUUGCUUUCGGUGCCCAAGAAACGGCAAGCAUUUGGAAAACUUGUGCUUCAAGAAAACCAAGAAGGGCUGGUUUUGCAGAAGAUUCCCUUGCAGAAAAAGUUGGCGGGAAUCAUGGGGAGGUGUGGUUUGAGAAUUGGUGUAGACAAAGAUGUGGAGAGAUGCUUGUCAAUGUGUGUGGAGGAGAGAAUGAGGAGGAUCAUAUGCAAUUUGAUUAGACAGUCGAAGCAGUGGGUUGAUUGCGAAAAAUCGAGACACCACACUGUUUCUACAUCUGAUGUGAAGCAAGAAAUUAUGAUUCUCAACAAGAAAGCUGGGGAAGAGUUGCUGGAAAAGGCUCAGAAGCUUAAUGAAGCUAAGGUUAGCACUAACGGAUUUGAGGGUGUUAAUUAUAAGGACAAACAUGACGAUGGGCACGACAAAAUGAGGAGAAGUACAGCAGCAGCAAAUGUUGCUGCCCUUGCUGCUCUUGGAGGACAUGACAUAUUGGCGAAAUGGCAACUUAAGGCAGAUCAGCUGGCCCGGGAGAAGCGUCGAGGUAAAGAUGUAAACCACAAGGCUACAUCAACUGCUGGAAGAACAAUGAAUGGCAAUGUAGAAGCGGAGAAAAGGGGCGGUGUAGAAGCUUUGGUGUCUGCAGCUGGGAGUGUUGUUGGAAAAUUUGGGAGGAAUUGCCGAGUUAUGAUGAUGCCUCAAACAAAGGUAGCUGGUACUCGUAGCAUAUCUGUCAAGGAUGUGAUUGCUGUUCUCGAAAAAGAACCUCAGAGGUCCAAGUCUACUCUGAUCUAUUUACGAAUGAACACUGCUAGCCAGUGA